UGUAAUCAAACUUGUGUCAACCUGGUUGGCUCUUAUCGUUGUCAAUGUCGAUCUGGAUAUCGCUUAAAUGCUGAUGGCAAGGGGUGUCAAGAUAUCAACGAAUGUUUGGCUAACAACGGUGGCUGUUCUCAACUGUGUGACAAUACCGUCGGAAGUUUUCGUUGCAUGUGUAGAAAAGGGUAUUUACUGGAUUCUACUGAAUUCUGUAGAGAUAUUGAUGAAUGCUCUAGAAGUGAUGAUUUAUGCCAGCCAACACAAAUUUGCCGAAAUACACCAUCAAAUUAUUACUGUAUUUGUCGUCCUGGGCUAGUAUUCAUGAAUGGAAGAUGCCAACUACGUAAGAUUGUAGAACAAAUGCUGAUGGAGAACAUUGAUUUAUCUACCAUUACUGGAUUACCUGGCUUUACUUGUGGUAGUUGUCCUGUAGGAUUUUCAGGAAAUGGAGUCAACUGUAUAGGUUACAAAUGUUUAUAUAUCCUUGUAGAUAUCAAUGAAUGCCAAGUAUCCAAUGGUAAUUGCGGUAGUAUUUGCGUUAAUACUAUUGGCUCAUAUCGAUGUACAUGUCCUAGCGGAUAUUAUUUGGCCAUGGAUGGAAGAACGUGCCAAGAUAUAAAUGAGUGUAAUUCGACCAAUGACUGUCAGCAAAUUUGUAUCAAUACUAUGGGUGGCUAUAAUUGUUCAUGCAAUACCAACUUUGCGCUGAAUCCUGAUAUGCGAACAUGCAAUGAUAUCAACGAAUGUUUAAUAAAUAAUGGUGGUUGUUCGCAAAACUGUAAUAAUACCAAUGGCGGCUACUUUUGCUCUUGUAGACAGGGAUAUCAGCUAGAUACCGGCAAAAAAAAUUGCAUCGGAUCAAGAUGUGAAAGUGAUCUUAAUGUAUGUUCAAUCAAUCCAGAAGCAUGCUUUCCAGGAGUAACAUGUAUUGAUCAGCCAGCAUCGGCUGGACGACCAGGUUAUACAUGUGGCUCAUGUCCAUCAGGAAUGUCAGGAAACGGAACUUAUUGCGCUGAUAUCAAUGAAUGUCAAGGAUCUCGACAUAAUUGUAGUCAUAUUUGCGUGAACAAUAUUGGUUCCUACCGUUGUACAUGCCCAAAAGGAUACUAUUUGGAUGUUGACGGAAAGACUUGCAAAGAUAUUAAUGAAUGCAAUUCUGCAAAUAAGUGCCAACAAAUAUGUAAUAACUUUCCGGGUGGCUAUAACUGCACAUGUAAUGCUAAUUAUGUCCUCAAUAGUGACAACAAAACUUGCAACGAUAUUGAUGAAUGCUCGGUAAAUAAUGGUGGAUGCUCCUACAACUGCUUGAACAUAGCUGGUAGUUAUCGUUGCCUAUGUAGACCAGGCUACAAAAUAGAUGCUAACCAAAGAACUUGUGUUGGUAAGCACAAGAUCCUGAAUGAUUAG